UCUUGCUUCGAUAUCUCGUUAUACGAUAGCUGCUCUUGUCUGGGCUAUCUGUUUCCUUUCUUCGCUGUUUUGUUUCGUUUUCUCUGUUCCGUUUCGUUUGAUUAUAGUUCUCGUUUCUGUAUUGUCGUCCUUCUGUGAGGGUUGAAACAGAUCGCUAUAUAUAUACUAUACUAUAUUCUGUCACUCUCUCGGUCCGUCUAUCUCUACGUCGCCAUGUCUUCCGAAAACAAAGGCCCGGUUCUCCCGAGUUACUCCGAGUUCGACCCUCAUGAUCUCGAGUACCGGAGGUAUAUGAAAAAGAUUUAUUUGGUUGAUAACGCCCGCGUCGGUCUCACCGGAUUCGCCCUUCUCUGUGGUCUGACUAUCCUUGGCACUUCUGCCGAUACUCUGGCCGUAUACAAUGCAACUCACCUAUCGGGCGAUUUUCACUUGCCAUUAUGGCCCGACCAAUUCGAUAUCCGACCCACGAUAGCACUUGUUAUCGGUAGUAGUAUCGUGGUCUUCUCCCAUAUCGUAUCCCUGAUAUUCAGCAAGGUCAAGAUGCUUCGCAAUCGGGCCGCUGUUCAUACGUCCUUAUCUAUGACUGCGCCAUUCAUUGGCUUCACAGCUGUUAUGAUUAGCAUGAUCUUCUUCUACGCUGUCAACACUUCGGUCACGGAUGACACGCUUCAGAGCUGGAGUUGCCAAUGGAAAGUGGCGAGUAUGAGCACGAAGCCACACUUUGGUACAUUGUGCGACGAAAGCCGGACAGCCUUAUACCUAUCUGUCAUAUUGGUACCGGUCGAACUGAUUGUCUUCACUGUCGCCGGCUAUCAAUCGAUCCUAGAGAGGAAGUCGAUUGGUGCGAUGUCGUCUCGCAAGGCCGGCAGCCCCACGCCGUCGUCGUAGGGCUCUAUCAGAUUCUAGGCAGCUUUAACCCGGUUCUAAAUCUAUACAGGGUCGCAUGUCAAGCCUUAUAAAUGAAGACGACCCCCAUGCUCGUCUAUCGGAGCCGGGAUAAGCUCAUGAGGGUAGAUAAGGUGCGCAAGAUGGGAUGCGAAGCGACAAGUGUAGCCGGAUUGUGGUUGUGAUAUGUAUAAGAAUUGUAACGGGACAUGAGGGAGGUGUGGCGAUGCAAUUGGCGUUAUCAUGAGUCGGUUCUGCGUGUUGACGUUCUAGGUCACCUCGCUAUAUAUAUCAGGGACAGACUGAUUGGUGCAAUAUGUCGGAUCUCGGUAGCCCAUAAUAAGAUUUAAUUCGGAAUUCACCGUGUUCUUUGAAAU